AGUCAUCGACGUCUUACGGCACCCCCUCUCGCUGGUGUCCCUUCACUCCCUCGACGAGUCCGUCACCAAAAUACCCCCAACCCAAUUAUCCCCUUAUUAUAUCUCUCUCCCCACCCCCUCAUUCACCAACCCUCCAUUUCUCCUCUCGCUCUCUUUCUCGCUCCACUCUCUCUCUAGAACAGCAGCAGCCAUGGAAGCUUCACCAGCUCUGUCGCGCAUAGGCCUGGCAGGCCUCGCCGUCAUGGGGCAAAACCUCGCCCUCAACAUCGCCGAGAAAGGGUUUCCGAUCUCCGUCUACAACCGCACCACCUCCAAGGUCGACGAGACCGUAGACCGGGCCCACAACGAGGGGAACCUCCCUUUGUUUGGGCAGUACAACCCUCGCGAUUUUGUGCUCUCUAUCGAACGGCCCAGAUCCGUUAUUAUCCUCGUCAAAGCUGGAGCUCCGGUUGACCAGACCAUCGCCGCCCUCUCCGCCCACAUGGAGCCCGGCGACGCCAUCAUCGACGGCGGCAACGAGUGGUACGAGAAUACCGAGCGCCGAAUCGCCGAGGCCAACGGUAGGGGGCUUCUGUACCUCGGGAUGGGAGUCUCCGGCGGUGAGGAGGGGGCGCGCCACGGGCCCAGCCUCAUGCCCGGCGGGUCCCACCAGGCAUACACGAACGUCCAGGACAUCCUCCACAAGGUCGCCGCCCAAGUGGAGGAUGGCCCCUGCGUCACCUACAUCGGCGAAGGGGGUUCUGGUAAUUUCGUCAAGAUGGUCCACAACGGAAUCGAAUACGGCGAUAUGCAGCUGAUUUCGGAGGCGUACGACGUUCUGAAGAACGUCGGAGGGCUGACGAAUCAGGAAUUGGGGGAGAUUUUUUCGGAGUGGAACAGGGGAGAGCUGGAGAGCUUCCUGAUUGAGAUUACGGCCGACAUUUUUAGGGUUAAGGAUAAUUUAGCGGAUGGGUUUUUGGUGGAUAAGCUGCUCGACAAGACGGGGAUGAAGGGGACCGGGAAAUGGACGGUGCAGCAGGCGGCGGAGCUGUCAGUAGCUGCGCCCACCAUUGCUGCUUCCUUGGACUGCAGGUACUUAAGUGGGUUGAAGGAGGAGAGAGAGAAGGCCGAGGAGGCUCUGAAGCAGGCAGGGUUUAAAGAGGAGAUUGGCAGCGUGACGAGCGGCAUUGAUAAGAAGCGGUUGAUUGAUGAUGUGAGGCAGGCAUUGUACGCUUCGAAGAUAUGCAGUUAUGCUCAAGGGAUGAACUUGUUGAGGGCCAAGAGUGUGGAGAAGGGUUGGAAUUUGAAUUUGGGGGAGUUGGCUCGUAUUUGGAAAGGCGGUUGCAUUAUCAGAGCGGUGUUCUUGGAUCGGAUCAAGAAUGCUUACCAGAGGAAUCAGAGUUUGCCCAACUUGAUUGUUGAUCCCGAUUUUGCUAAAGAAAUGGUGCAGAGGCAGGCUGCGUGGAGGAGGGUUGUCGGGGUGGCAGUGGCAGCCGGGAUUAGCACUCCCGGAAUGUGUGCCAGUUUGUCAUAUUUUGACACUUAUCGGCGGGGUAGGCUUCCGGCCAACCUUGUUCAGGCUCAGAGGGACUUGUUUGGGGCUCAUACCUAUGAGAGAGUGGAUCGCCCCGGGGCCUUUCACACCGAGUGGACGAAGCUCGCUCAGAAGAGCGGUUCUGGCGUCGGUGCACUCAAUUGAGGUGGUGUUGUUUGCUAGUUUGAUUUGGAUUGGAUGGUGGUUGUUUUGAUAAACAAAUUUGAAUUGUGUACGUCUCUCAGGGUUGGAGGCUUGUUUGCUUAGGCUUAGCGAUCAUUGCUUUACCCUUGAUUAAUAAGAACUGCAUGUGCCUUUUUUGAGUUCAAUGAGCUUAUGAUUUGAUUUG